AGUCCGCAGUUUGGAUCGGGACUCGGAGCGCUGGGCUCUGAGGGGCUCUCCCACUUGCUCGCGCACUCUCCGAGCGGCUCACCCCUGCACCGACCCGGACGCGCCUCUCCUGCUCCCAGUGCAGGCGCCAGCGGCGCUUUGAGCGCUGAGCCCGCGCUGCGCGCCCGCGGGACGACCCUGCCGAGCGCUGUGCCUCGGCUCCCGGGCUGCCUUCGCUGCGCGGUGAACUGUUCAAGAGUCAGAACACACCCCGAGCAGUGAAAGUGGAAACAAGCUCCAACCCCGGGAACUGCACUCAGCAUCUCAGCAUCAAGCUGCUUUGAACUUUGUGAACAUCUGUGCAUUAUCUCAAUUUAUUCUGUGCAUCUGUUAGCAAGAUGUGUUCUUAAGGCACUGCCCAGGGGGCUGCCAAAUCGGCUGCCCCUGCUAGAGUUCAGAACUCUUCCGGGCUCCCCAGCGAGGCAGCCCUCCAGGACUUCUUCCCUUGUCCUUCCAGCCCAGUUGCCACAACAAACAGCAGAGCCGCCUGUUGACCAUGGGGGAUGUGAAGCUGGCCGCCCAGACACACGUUUCCAAAACCUCCCUCACUGUGGAUCACUCGAGAGUCAGCUCCAUGCCCCUGACUGAGGCCCCUGCUUUCACUUUGCCCCCUCGGAACCUCUGCAUCAAGGAAGGAGCCACCGCCAAGUUUGAAGGGAGGGUCCGGGGCUACCCAGAGCCCCAAGUGACAUGGCACAGAAACGGACAACCCAUCACCAGUGGGGGCCGCUUCCUGCUGGACUGUGGUACCCGGGGGACAUUCAGCCUUUUGAUUCAUGCUGUGCGUGACGAGGACAAGGGAAAGUAUACCUGUGAAGCCACCAACGGCAGUGGUGCCCGCCAGGUGACAGUGGAGUUGACGGUAGAAGGGAGCUCUGUGAAGAAGCCUGGUCAGGCUGUUGUUUCCAAAGCCUUGGGGGACAGAUUUGCAGCCCCUGCUGUGGAGACCCGUCCUAGCAUCUGGGGAGAAUGUCCACCAAAAUUUGCUACCAAGCUGGGCCGAGCAGUGGUCAGAGAAGGACAGAUGGGGCGAUUCUCCUGCAAGAUCACUGGCCGGCCCCAGCCACAGGUCACCUGGCUCAAGGGAGAUGUUCCCCUGCAGCCCAGUGCCCGUGUGUCUAUGUCCGAGAAGAAUGGGAUGCAAGUCCUGGAAAUCCACGAGGUCACCCGAGAUGAUGUGGGAGUGUACACGUGCAUGGUGGUGAACGGGUCAGGGAAGGCCUCCAUGUCUGCUGAGCUUUCCAUCCAAGGUUUGGACAAUUCCAGUAGGUCACUCGCGAGAGGAACAAAGGUGGCCGGUAUGGACAUCAGGGAGGAAGUGACCAAUGGAGUCACUCAGGGGCCCAAACCAGACAGCCUGGAGGCUGCUGCCGAGAGUAAGAACUGCCCCAGCACCCAGCGAGGCAGCUCCCCGACCUGGGCCACAGGGAGCCAGCCUCAACCCCCCAGGGAAUCUGAGCUGGAGCCGGUGGGGGACUCCCCCAGAAAGGGCCAGAGGACCCCCAUCCUGCAGAAGACCUCCAGCACCAUCACCCUGCAGGCGGCAAAAGUCCAGCUGGAGCCCAGAGUGCCAGUCCUGGGAACCCCCUGUCCUUCCAGAGAAGAGAAGGAGGGGCCAGCUACAGCCCCUCCAGACACCCUCCCCACCAGGCGGUCAGGCCUGGGAAGCCAAGACACUGCGGGCAAGGUCGCUACCAGGAAGGUCCCCAUGGAGAGCCAGAGGGACACCACGUUUCCCAAAUUUGAGAGCAAGCCCCAGAGCCAGGAGGUCAGUGAAGAUCAGCCGGUCGAGUUCAGAUGCGAGGUUUCAGGGAUCCCAAAACCUGAUGUGACCUGGUUCCUGGACGGUGUCCCCAUGAGGAGUCAAGAGGGCACCAUCGAGGUGUAUGAAGCUGGGGGGGCCCAUUACCUCUGCCUGCGGAGAGCCCGGGCCCGGGACAGCGGGAACUACAGCUGCACAGCCGCCAACGUCCGAGGCCAGGUGUCCUGUCGCUGGACCCUCCUGGUGAAAAAGCCAGCCGUGUUGGAGGUGGCCCCUUCAUUCUCCAGUGCCCUGAAGGACUGCACCGUCGUUGAGGGCCAGGACUUUGUGCUGCGAUGCUCAGUGCAGGGGACCCCAGUGCCUCGAAUCACUUGGCUGCUCAAUGGACAGCCCAUCCAGUACGCCUGCUCCACCUGCGAGGCUGGCGUGGCCGAGCUCCACAUCCAGGACACCCUCCCGGAGGACGAUGGCACCUACACCUGUCUGGCUGAGAACACCAUGGGGCAGGUGUCCUGCAGCGCCCGCGUCACUGUCCAGGAGAAGAAGAGUGAGGAGAAGAGUGAGUACCUCCUGCCUGCGGCCCCCAACAAGCCCGUCGCGCCCCUCUUCCUGCAGGGCCUCUCUGAUCUCCAAGUCAUGGACGGGAGCCAGGUCACCAUGACAGUCCAGGUGUCAGGGAACCCGCCCCCGGAGGUCAUCUGGCUUCACGAUGGGAAUGAGAUCCAGGAGUCCGAGGACUUCCACUUUGAACAGAGAGGCACUCAGCACAGCCUGUGUAUCCAGGAAGUGUUCCCGGAGGACACGGGCACUUACACCUGUGAGGCCUGGAACAGCGCUGGAGAGGUCCGCACACAGGCUGUGCUCACUGUGCAAGAGCCGCAGGAUGGCACCCAGCCCUGGUUCAUCAGCAAGCCUCGCUCAGUGACUGCCUGCCUGGGCCAGAGUGUCCUUAUCUCCUGUGCCAUAGCCGGCGACCCCUUCCCCACUGUGCACUGGCUCCGAGAUGGCAAAGCCCUCUCCAGAGACACUGGCCACUUUGAGGUGCUACAGAAUGAGGACGUGUUCACCCUGGUGCUGAAAAACGUGCAGCCCUGGCAUGCCGGCCAGUAUGAGAUCCUGCUCAAGAACCGUGUUGGCCAAUGCAGUUGCCAGGUGUCCCUGAUGCUACAGAGCAGCCCGGCCAGAGCGGUCCUGCGGGGGAGGGAGCCUGCCAGCUGCGAGGGCCUCUGUGGCCGAGGAGCUGGUGCUGAUGGUGGUGGUGGUGGUGCCGGCUACGGGAGCCUGAGGCCUGGCUGGCCGGCGGCGAGAGGCCAGGGUGCCCCCGCGGACGACGACGGCGAGGACGUGCGUGGGGUGCUCAAGAGGCGCGUGGAGACACGGCAGCACACAGAGGAGGCCGUUCGCCAGCAGGAGGUGGAGCAGCUGGACUUCCGCGACCUCCUGGGCAAGAAGGUGAGCACCAAGACCUUGUCUGAAGAGGACCUGAAGGAGAUCCCGGCUGAGCAGCUGGACUUCCGCGACCUCCUGGGCAAGAAGGUGAGUACAAAGACCUUGUCUGAAGAGGACCUGAAGGAGAUCCCGGCUGAGCAGAUGGAUUUCCGCGCCAACCUGCAGCGGCAAGUGAAGCCAAAGACCCUGUCAGAGGAGGAGAGGAAGGUGCAUGGCCCCCAGCAGGUGGACUUCCGCUCUGUCCUGGCCAAGAAGGGGACUCCCAAGACCCCUGUGCCUGAGAAGGUACCCCCUCCAAAACCUGCCACCCCAGAUUUUCGCUCGGUGUUGGGCAGUAAGAAAAAAUUACCAACAGAAAAUGGUAGCGAUAACACUGAGGCCUUGAAUGCCAAGGCAGCAGAAGGUCCCAAGCCUGUGGGCAAUGCCCAACCUUCAGGGUUCCUGAAACCUGUUGGCAACGCCAAGCUGGCCGAUGCCCCCAAACCCUUGGGCAGCACCAAGCCAGCAGAGACCCCUAAACCCUUGGGCAGCACCAAGCCAGCAGAGACACCCAAACCCUUGAGUAACAUCAAGCCAGCUGAGACCCCUAAACCCUUGGGCAGCACCAAGCCAGCUGAGACCCCCAAACCCUUGGGCAGCACCAAGCCAGCUGAGACCCCCAAACCCUUGGGCAGCACCAAGCCAGCUGAGACCCCCAAACCCUUGGGCAGCACCAAGCCAGCUGAGACCCCCAAACCCUUGGGCAGCACCAAGCCAGCUGAGACCCCCAAACCCUUGGGCAGCACCAAGCCAGCUGAGACCCCCAAACCCUUGGGCAGCACCAAGCCAGCUGAGACCCCCAAACCCUUGGGCAGCACCAAGCCAGCUGAGACCCCCAAACCCUUGGGCAGCACCAAGCCAGCUGAGACCGCCAAACCUUUGGGUAAUUUCAAGCCAGCUGAGACCCCCAAACCCUUGGGUAACAUCAAGCCAGCUGAGACCCCCAAGCCCUUGGGUAACGUCAAGCCAGCCGAGACCCCCAAACCUUUGGGUAACGUCAAGCCAGCCGAGACCCCCAAACCUGUGGGCAAUGCCAAGCCAGCCGAGACCCUCAAACCUGUGGGCAAUGCCAAGCCAGCCGAGACCCUCAAACCUGUGGGCAACGCCAAGCCAGCUGAGACCCCCAAAUCUGUGGGCAACGCCAAGCCAGCUGAGACCCCUAAACCCUUGGAUAACGCCAAGCCAGCUGAGGCCCCCAAACCCUUGGGCAAUGCCAAGCCAGCUGAAAUCCCAAAAUCCACUGGGCAAGAAGAACUUAAGAAGGAGGUUAAGAAUGAUGUGAACUGCAAGAAGGGCCAUGCAGGGCCCACAGAUAGUGAAAAGAGACCAGAGAGCCAAGGGACAGCCCCUACCUUCAAGGAGAAGCUGCAGGAUCUCCGCGUGGCAGAGGGUCAGAAGCUGCUGCUCCGGUGCCAAGUGUCCUCUGACCCCCCGGCCACCAUCACUUGGACACUGAAUGGAAAGACACUCAAGACCACCAAGUUCAUCGUCCUCUCCCAAGAAGGCUCCUUGUGCUCCGUCUCCAUCGAGAAGGCACUGCCCGAGGACAGAGGCUUAUACAAGUGUGUAGCCAAGAACAGUGCCGGUCAGGCUGAGUGCUCCUGCCAAGUCACCGUGGACGUUCCAGAUGUCCCCGCCAGCGAGAAUGCCAAGGCCCCGGAGAUGAAAGCCCGGAGGCCAAAGAGUUCUCUUCCUCCAGUGCUGGGAACAGAGAGUGAUGCAACUGUGAAAAAGAAGCCUGCCCCCAAGACACCUCCGAAGGCAGCCAUGCCGCCUCAGAUCAUCCAGUUUCCUGAGGACCAGAAGGUGCGAGCAGGAGAGUCUGUGGAGCUGUUUGGUAAGGUGACCGGCACCCAGCCCAUCACCUGUACCUGGAUGAAGUUCCGAAAGCAGAUCCAGGACAGCGAGCACAUCAAGGUGGAGAACAGCGAGCAGGGCAGCAAGCUCACCAUCCGGGCGGCGUGCCAGGAGCACUGUGGCUGCUACACCCUGCUGGUGGAGAACAAACUGGGCAGCAGGCAGGCCCAGGUCAACCUCACCGUGGUGGACAAGCCAGACCCCCCAGCCGGCACGCCUUGUGCCUCUGACAUCCGAAGUUCCUCACUGACCUUGUCCUGGUAUGGCUCCUCGUAUGAUGGGGGCAGCGCCGUACAGUCAUACAGUGUCGAGAUCUGGGACUCAGUGGACAAGACGUGGAAGGAACUAGCCACGUGCCGCAGCACUUCUUUCAACGUUCAAGACCUGCUGCCUGACCGAGAGUAUAAAUUCCGUGUGCGUGCAAUCAAUGUCUAUGGAACCAGUGAGCCAAGCCAGGAGUCUGAACUCACAGCCUUGGGAGAGAAACCUGAAGAAGAGCCGAAGGACGAAGUGGAGGUGUCAGAUGAUGAUGAGAAGGAGCCUGAGGUCGACUACCGGACCGUCACGGUCAAUACCGAGCAGAAAGUGUCCGACUUCUACGACAUCGAAGAGAGACUAGGAUCUGGGAAAUUUGGACAGGUCUUUCGACUUGUAGAAAAGAAAACUGGAAAAAUCUGGGCAGGGAAAUUCUUCAAGGCGUAUUCGGCCAAAGAGAAAGAGAACAUCCGGCAGGAGAUCAGCAUCAUGAACUGCCUGCACCACCGCAAGCUGGUCCAGUGCGUGGACGCCUUCGAAGAGAAGGCCAACAUCGUCAUGGUCCUGGAGAUCGUGUCUGGGGGCGAGCUGUUCGAGCGCAUCAUUGAUGAGGACUUUGAGCUGACGGAGCGGGAGUGCAUCAAGUACAUGAAGCAGAUCUCAGAGGGGGUGGAGUACAUCCACAAGCAGGGCAUCGUCCACCUGGACCUCAAGCCCGAGAACAUCAUGUGUGUCAACAAGACAGGCACCAGAAUCAAGCUCAUCGACUUCGGUCUGGCCAGGAGGUUGGAGAAUGCGGGGUCUCUGAAGGUCCUCUUUGGCACCCCAGAGUUCGUCGCACCCGAAGUGAUCAACUAUGAGCCCAUUGGCUACGCCACGGACAUGUGGAGCAUCGGGGUCAUCUGCUACAUCCUGGUCAGUGGACUGUCCCCCUUCAUGGGUGACAAUGACAACGAAACCUUAGCCAACGUUACCUCAGCCACCUGGGACUUCGACGACGAGGCCUUCGACGAGAUCUCUGAUGAUGCCAAGGAUUUUAUCAGCAACUUGCUGAAGAAGGAUAUGAAAAACCGUUUGAACUGCACCCAGUGCCUUCAGCAUCCAUGGCUAAUGAAAGACACCAAGAACAUGGAGGCCAAGAAACUCUCCAAGGACCGGAUGAAGAAGUACAUGGCAAGAAGGAAAUGGCAGAAAACGGGCAAUGCUGUGAGAGCCAUCGGAAGACUGUCCUCUAUGGCAAUGAUCUCAGGGCUCAGUGGCAGGAAAUCCUCAACAGGGUCACCAACCAGCCCGCUCAAUGCAGAAAAACUAGAAUCUGAAGAAGAUGUCUCCCAAGCUUUCCUGGAGGCUGUUGCUGAGGAGAAGCCCCAUGUAAAACCCUACUUUUCUAAGACCAUUCGUGAUUUAGAAGUUGUGGAGGGAAGUGCUGCUAGAUUUGACUGCAAGAUUGAAGGAUACCCGGACCCUGAAGUCGUCUGGUUCAAAGAUGACCAAUCAAUCCGGGAGUCCCGCCACUUCCAGAUAGACUACGACGAGGAUGGGAACUGCUCUUUAAUCAUUAGUGAUGUUUGCGGGGAUGAUGAUGCCAAGUACACCUGCAAGGCUGUCAACAGUCUUGGAGAAGCCACCUGCACAGCAGAGCUCAUUGUGGAAACCAUGGAGGAAGGAGAAGGAGAAGGGGGAGAAGAGGAGGAGGAAGAGUGAAACAAAGCCAGAGAGAAGCAGUUUCUAAGUCAUAUUACAAAGACUAUUUCUCUAAAGCUCAAAAAAAAAAAAAAAAAAAACCCGCAAGAUAGUAAAAGCACCCAGUGUGAUAGAUUAUUUAGUUAGGUUAUUUGGGGGUUGAUUCUUUAGCAGCAGUGGUUGACACCCAGUAGCGUUAUUGAUGGGCAUUACUUUAAAUUAGCUGGCACCUUAAGAUACUAGUACAGCUAGAUUUCAUUUGGGGAAAUCACCAGUAACUUUCUGACUAACUGAUUUUAGAGAAAAAGUAACCAAAAGGGAGCUUUAUCUGGGCAAAGUCAUAAUUCCCCAACUGAAAGCACUCAUGAAAAAUAAGGCCCUCUGGUCACAGCUGGCCCAAGGGUCCCUAGAUAUGGGGACUCCCCAGCUCCUCCUCCAGGGAACUGGGUCUUCUGCAGGCCUGUGGCACUUCAUUCUGCAGGCAGUUGAGCCAUUUUAACUUAUGAGGCACAUUAUUUCCAAAGUAUACCAUAGACAUUUGAACUUUUUAUUUCCAUCCCCUGUUCGACCUGCCAGUUUUUAUGGAUCUGGACUUGCCAGGAGUUUAAGCAUUAGGGACACUUCCUAGAUUCUGAAGAUAUGUCUCCUGCUCAUGGAUUACUGGCUUCCUUAAAAAAUAAAAUCUCCUUUCUUCCAAAAUCAGUAGGAAAUCUAAACUUAUCCCCUCUGAAGAUGUCUAGCAGCUUCAGACAUUUUUAUAAGAACCUAUGGGGAAAAAAAUCCUUGUUAAUGUGCUUUUUUCCCCUGAAACCAGGAUUCCUAUUUGUGCUGUUUAGAAUAUCAGCUCUGCAUGUGGUAAAGAUUUUGUGUUUGAAUGUAUGAAAAAGCAGUUUGCCAAAAAGUUAGUCUUAAUUAUUUAUUGGCCACUAUGAAACAGAUUUCAACUGAAGAGCUAUAGAACUCCAUGUACUUUGAAAUCUCAGUCAGUAUAGUCUGAGUUUAAUAUACCUUCAUUUUUAAACAUGUUCCAAACAGCUCUGUCUACCGUCUGGGUUCCACAAAGUUCUUCUUGGAUGUGCAUCAAUCAUGCCUUGCCCCCAACCUUGAAAUAUAUUCUUAACCUGAUACAUGCACUCAGACUUGCAUCUUUAGGAAUUUCUAACUUUCUUUCACUACAUUGGCACUUAAAUUUUUCUUCAUAAAACUUUUUGCAGGUCAUAAACAAAGACCAUAAACUGAUAUGCCUAAUACAUUUCCUCUGUGUGUGUGUAACAUUCCAAAUACUUUUUUCUUUUCAUCCACUAUUUGUAAAGUGCAGCAGUUUAAUAUUUCAAGGGACUUUUAAAGAGUUCUAUAAGAACCAAUUUUAAAUUACUUCAGUGCAAUCCUACACAGUAUCAGCAUUAGAAUUUUGAUGUUACUUAGUCUUAUGUUAUCUUCCAUUCUAUUUUUAUCUGCUUCUUGCUGCUAGUUUCAAAUUGCCAGUAUUUUGCUUUUUAAGCAGUUACAAUAUUUUUCAUAAUAGCCACAGUAUUGCCACAGUUUAUUAUAAUAAAGCAUUUUAAAGUUGAUUUAGAGCAUUCAAAGCUUUUCUUCAUCACUUUUCAUUGUAUCUAGACUAUAACCUUUGUGUGCGUGUAUGUUGUAUACGUGUGCGCAUGUGUGGUGUGUAUUUUUGUUUACAAGUUUUUUGAUGCCUUCUUGAAGUUGUGUUAAUGUUCUCCCAGUUUAUUAUGCCAUCAGAAUGGUAAAUGAGAACACUACAACUGUAGUUAGCUCACAAUUUUUAAAUAAAGGAUACCACAGUGCA